AUGAGCUCAGGUUGCGCAGGUGGCAGCCCUUCACUCGGCAAUUUUGCCUUCUUUCCUUACGCGUCAUGCGCCGGCGGUGACGUGAACGGAUGCGUAUUUCCCAAGAAGGCACGGAAAAUUCCAUAUAAACCAGACUCUGUCAAGGCCACUCCAGGAUACUUCGGCAUCCAGCUGCAGAGUGGUGUCGCUGCCGAGAUGACUACUGCGCAUCACACCUCCCUUUUCCGCUUCCAGUUUCCUUCGACCAGCGACAACAGUCCACUACUUCUAUUAGAUCUUACAGACCUCAGCGAUUCGCGCCAAGACAAUGCAACUAUUGAGGUAGAUGAGACGACUGGCCGAAUGUCUGGAAGUUCUCGCUUCAACCCAAGUUUUGGCACCGGCACCUACGUUGCUUACUUUUGCGCCGAUUUCAAGGGCGCUUCAAUACGCGACAACGGUAUCUUCGUGAAUUCUCGGGCAGGUGCGACCGUGAAAGACCUGAAGAUCAAUCGUUCUAUUAAUGGCUAUCCUUUGCCUGGAGGCGGCUUCAUCCGUUUCUCUGAAAAUCCCGCCGAUGGAAUCCUUGCGCGCAUUGCUGUGAGCUACAUCAGUAGUGAACAGGCUUGCAGCAACGCCGAGGCGGAAAUUCCUGAUUUUGAUUUCGAAGCCACUCAUACUGCGGCCGAGUCUGCAUGGCGAGAGAAACUUUCGCCGAUCACAGUAUCCUCGGAGGGUGUUGACUCGUCGUUCGUCACGAACUUUUACUCUGGAAUAUACCGUACCAUGGUGAGCUUGCAGUCUUCACGUGAUGACGUCGUCGAUACUGAUCCUAUACAGGUUAACCCUCAGAACUAUACCGGCGAGAAUCCCCUGUGGCAGAGCGAUGAGCCUUACUUUGACUCUUUCUACUGCCUUUGGGACAGCUUCCGCUCGCAACUGCCAUUCCUGACCAUCAACGAUCCAAAUGCACUAACUCAGAUGAUUCGUUCACUCAUUGACACAUACAAAAAUGAAGGCUGGCUCCCGGACUGUCGCAUGAGCCUUUGUAAAGGAUACACGCAGGGUGGCUCUAACGCCGACGUUGUGUUGACUGACGGCUUUAUCAAGGGCCUCACUAAUGGUAUUGACUGGGAUUUAGGCUAUCAAGCUGUUGUGAAAGACGCCGAGGUGGAACCGUUCUUCUGGUCUGUGGAAGGCCGUGGUGGCCUAGACAGCUGGAAAUCUCUUGGAUACGUCCCUACGGAAGAUUUCGAUUACAAAGGCUUUGGUACGAUGACUCGCUCUGUAUCACGAACCCUAGAGUAUGCGUACAACGACUUCUGUAUCGCGCAGAUGGCGAGCAAACUCGGCAAGACCGAUGACGUGGAGAAGUACACAGAAAGCAGUGGCAAUUGGGAGAAUUUGUUUGAUCGAAACCAGACCAGCUUCUUCAACAAUGGAACCGAUACUGGGUUCGUGGGAUUCUUCCAAGGUAGAUACCAAAAUGGUACCUGGCAUGAUCAGGAUCCGUUAUGGUGCUCGACUAUUGAUAACUACUCGGGCAAGUCCUGCUCGUUGCAGAAUACCGGCCAAGAAACGUUUGAGUCCAGUUUGUGGGAGUAUGGCUUCUACGUACCUGGUGAUCAAGCGGCCCUGAUCCAACUGUACGGCGGACCAGAUGGUUUCGUGAAACGUCUUGACUACUUGCACGACCAAAACAUCACUUACAUCGGCAAUGAGGCGAGCAUAUCCACCUUGAUUUUUCCGUCAUUCCUCACUGUGUUCCAAUACCACUACGCCGGUCGUCCUGCACUCAGCGCCAAGCGAUCCCACUUUUACAUCCCGCGGUACUUCUCGCCUCAAAACGAUGGCCUGCCUGGCAACGAUGACUCUGGUGCGAUGGGUUCGUUCGUUGCUAUGUCUAUGAUGGGCCUCUUCCCCAACCCAGGCCAAAACGUGUACCUCAUCACACCCCCCUACUUCCCCUCCAUAUCCAUCAAAUCGCCCCUCACCGGCAACACAGCAACCAUACGCAACGUCAACUUCGACCCUACCUAUGAAGCUAUCUAUAUACAAUCUGCUACUCUAGAUGGCGAACCUUACACGAAGAAUUGGAUAGAUCACAGCUUCUUCACGGAAGGCAAGGAGUUGGUGCUUACGCUGGGAAAGAACGAAAGUAGCUGGGGCACGAAGAUUGAGGAUCUGCCGCCGAGUCUGAGCGAGUAUGCGGGUGGGAAUGGGACGGCGAAUGGAACUGUUACGAAGACGUUGGGGAGGAGGGAAGUUACUAUGGGGAUGUUGAAGGAGAGGGCGGGGUUGGGGAGCGUGGUUAUGGCUGGUGUGGGGGUCUAG